CUAGGCCGGCCGGUGGCGGCGGCGGCGGCGGCCUCGGACUCAGGCUGAGGGCCUGUGGUGGCGGACGCCCGACUCAGCAGCGGGUAUCGGGAAUAUUCCUUUCCCCGAAGGAAGGGGAGCAGCGCCCCGGGCCCGAGGCUUAUGGGGUUUCUCUGGAAACCCCCCUGGUAAGUGUGGCGGAGGCGGGACACUCUGACCCAAGACAAAAGGCCUGUAGCCGCAGCCAAAGAAAAUAAACCUUAGGAAGCAGAAGGAAAAAAAAAAGUGCAUCAGCUGUUGCUGAGAGCAGCCUGCAGUUGGAAGCUUCCGAGAGAUCGGCUGAUGGGAGUGAGGAAGUGACUGGAUUGUGGAGAGGCCCGCCAGGGGUUAGGAGCAGGUGUGUUUUCAGAGGUGAGGUGGCGAGCAGGGAGAAGUGGAUGUGGGGGGCUGGCGCGGGGCCUUGGCUCCACGGGGUGCGCUCUCUGGGGCCCCGCUGUCCUGCCAGGGUGGGCCACGCUGUCGGGCGCCAAGGAGGGAGACCCGCCAGUUGGAGCGGCAGCGCAGCGUGGCCUUGAUUUGUCUUUUUGGAAGAUUUAAAAACCAAACAGCAUAAACGUUGUGGUCCUUCAGCAAUGCUUUCUCUGAAGAAAUACUUAACAGAAGGACUUCUGCAGUUCACCAUCCUGCUGAGUCUGAUUGGGGUGCGGGUGGACGUGGAUACGUACCUGACCUCGCAGCUGCCCCCGCUGCGGGAGAUCAUCCUGGGGCCCAGUUCCGCCUACACGCAGACCCAGUUCCACAACCUGAGGAACACCUUGGAUGGCUAUGGGAUCCACCCCAAGAGUGUAGACCUGGACAAUUACUUCACGGCCCGGCGGCUCCUGAGUCAGGUGAGGGCCCUGGACAGGCUCCAGGUGCCAAGCACGGAGGUCAGCGCCUGGCUCGUCCACCGGGACCCGGAGGGCUCCGUGUCGGGCAGCCAGCCCAGCUCAGGCCUCACCCUCGAGAGCUCCAACGGCCUACAGGAUGUAACAGGCCCAGACAACGGGGUGCGAGAAAGCGAGCCGGAGCAGGGAUUCAGUGAAGAUUUGGAGGAUCUGGGGGCUGUUGCCCCUCCAGUCAGUGGAGACCUAACCAAAGAGGAUAUAGAUCUGAUUGACAUCCUUUGGCGGCAGGAUAUUGAUCUGGGGGCUGGGCGUGAGGUUUUUGACUAUAGUCACCGUCAGAAGGAGCAGGAUGUGGAUAAGGAUCUGCGAGAUGGAGGCGAGCAGGAGGACCCGUGGUCAGGCGAGGGUGCGGAAGCUCUGGCCCGAAACCUGCUAGUGGAUGGGGAGACCGGCGAGAGCUUCCCCGCACAGUUUCCAGCAGAUGUGCCCAGCCUAACAGAAGCUGUGCCUGCUGAAAGCGAGCCCUCGGCCCUGCAGAACAACCUCCUGUCUCCUCUCCUGACGGGGACGGAGUCACCGUUUGAUUUAGAACAGCAGUGGCAAGAUCUCAUGUCCAUCAUGGAAAUGCAGGCCAUGGAAGUGAACUCAUCAGCAAGUGAAAUCCUGUACAAUGCCCCUCCUGGAGACCCACUGAGCACCAACUACAGCCUUGCCCCCAACACUCCCAUCAAUCAGAAUGUCAGCCUGCAUCAGGCAUCCCUGGGCGGCUGCAGCCAGGACUUCUCCCUCUUCAGCCCCGAGGUGGAGAGCCUGUCCGUGGCCGGCAGCUCCGCGCUGCUCCCACUGGUCCCCAGCAAUUCCACCAGCCUCAACACCACCUUUGGCUCCACCAACCUGGCAGGGCUCUUCUUCCCACCCCAGCUCAACGGCAGCGCCAAUGACACGGCAGGCCCCGAGCUGCCAGACCCGCUCGGGGGGCUGCUGGAUGAAGCCAUGCUGGAUGAGAUCAGCCUGAUGGACCUGGCCAUCGAGGAGGGCUUCAACCCUGUGCAGGCCUCUCGGCUGGAGGACGAGCUCGACUCAGACUCCGGCCUCUCCCUGGACUCGAGCCAUAGCCCUUCUUCCCUGAGCAGCUCCGAAGGCAGCUCUUCCUCCUCCUCCUCUUCGUCCUCUUCCUCCACUUCUUCCUCCGCCUCUUCCUCUUUUUCUGAGGAAGGCGCCGUUGGCUACAGCUCAGAUUCUGAAACUGUGGAUUUGGAAGAAGCUGAGGGCGCCGUGGGCUACCAGCCUGAGUACUCCAAGUUUUGCCGCAUGAGCUACCAGGAUCCGUCUCAGCUUUCCUGCCUGCCCUACUUGGAGCACGUGGGUCACAACCACACGUACAACAUGGCGCCCAGUGCUCUUGACUCUGCUGACCUGCCACCGCCCAGCGGCCUCAAGAAGGGCAGCAAAGAGAAGCAGGCUGACCUCUUGGACAAGCAGAUGAGCCGGGAUGAGCAUCGGGCCCGAGCUAUGAAGAUCCCCUUCACCAAUGAUAAGAUCAUCAACCUGCCUGUGGAGGAGUUCAACGAGCUGCUGUCCAAAUACCAGCUGAGCGAGGCCCAGCUGAGCCUCAUCCGAGACAUCCGGCGCCGGGGCAAGAACAAGAUGGCGGCACAGAACUGCCGCAAGCGCAAGCUGGACACCAUCCUGAACCUGGAGCGUGACGUGGAGGACCUGCAGCGGGACAAGGCGCGCCUGCUGCGUGAGAAGGUGGAGUUCCUGCGGUCCCUGCGGCAGAUGAAGCAGAAAGUCCAGAGCCUGUACCAGGAGGUGUUUGGGCGGCUGCGGGAUGAGAACGGGCGGCCCUACUCGCCCAGUCAGUACGCGCUUCAGUAUGCGGGGGACGGCAGCGUCCUCCUCAUUCCGCGCACCAUGGCCGACCAGCAGGCCCGGCGGCAGGAGAGGAAGCCAAAGGACCGCAGGAAGUGAGCCCGGGGGGCACGGGGGUGGACGCUCACCAAGACCGAAACUGGAGAAGGCCCGGGCCUGGGCCGGGACCUACAGUGGGGACUUAAUGCCUUCUUAGCCAAUAUAUCUUCUCAGAUGGGAUGACUGCAGGUCAGUGUACAGGAAGAAGUGGGCGCGGGCGCUGUGUGGCUGAGCCUCGCCCGCUGGGGUGGAGUGCAAGUGGCCAGGCCAUUUGGGUGGACAGGGUCCUCACCCCUACCCCUUUCCUGGGAGGAAGGGUGGUGCUGGCAUCUACAGGUCGAGGAGCCAUGUACUUGAGCAAAGGGUGAGGGGAAGGAAGGCACUGGAGAGAAGUAGUGGGAAGAAGGAAGGAAACCCAGAACAAUCAAAGCAGGAAGAAAAUCAAAGGGAAGGUGAAAGUUGGCCAGGAUCCAGGCAGCAGUUUUGAGGGAUCGGAUGGGCUUCAGGUGUUCCCUGGUG